CACAUUUCUCCACUAUUUCAGUUCGCUAGGUUCCGUUUCAUAUUUCUGGAAAGUUUUAUGUCUGAAAGCGUGUGUCUGAAGAGUGAAUCCUUACAAUUUACGACGACAACUUGCAAAAUUCUGACUAAUAAUCGCAACUAAACCAGCGGUUUGACAGUAACUGAACCGACUGUUGAAGAACCUUAUCACUUGAGGAGGCGCGAGUCAGAGCGAAUGUGGCCAGGCGUUGUGAUGGAGUUUAAGUCAUGGAGUUUCUUCUAUUUCACAGCUGCGUAUCUGUUGACCACCGCGGACCAAACGGUUUUCCAGUCUGAACCACAAGCUAAGGCCAUCCUCGUACGGCCGAAACGUGCCAAUACGUUCUACGUGGAGGAGAUUCUAAAGGGCAGCUUGGAAAGAGAGUGUUAUGAGGAAAGAUGCAACAAGGAGGAGGCCAGAGAGGUUUUCGAGGACAACCAGAAAACAGAAGACUUUUGGACCAUAUACUAUGAUGGAGAUCAGUGUAAAACCAAUCCUUGUCAACAUGGUGGCACCUGUAAAGACAAGAUAGGAGGCUAUAGCUGCAAGUGCACGGACAUGUUCACGGGGCACGACUGUGAACGGGAUGUUUCUCAAUGCCCGACUGGAGGCGCUCUGGGUUGUGAACACUACUGCAGAAUCUUACCUGAAUCGUACCGAUGCUUCUGCGCCAAAGGCUACGACCUCCACAGCGACGGCAGGAGCUGCAUACCUCACGCUCAGGACCCGUGUGGGAACGUCAGGGUCUUAUCUGAUGACUUUACCAGCAGGAAUACUAAACCAGGUCAAGGUGACCCGAUCUGCCCCAAAGGAAAAUGCCCGUGGCAGGUGAGCUUUGUGGAUGCUGCUGGUGAUGUAAUCUGCCAUGGCGUGAUCCUUGGGAGGAGGUCCGUACUUACUACAGCUGCAUGCAUGACAACAGACAGAAAUCUUUCCUUGGUCAUCGGUCACUCGAAUGUACAAGUACGUGCUUCCCAAGUGACCAAAAGCAUUCUUCAUAAUCGGUAUUUGACUGGCAAGCCUGAUGAUGACUUGGCAUUCUUGGUGCUUAACGAGUCGAUCGCGUUGGGUUUGGGGACCCUCCAGCUCUGCCUCCCAGAGAAGGAUUUUAGUGAAAACAUCUUGAUGAAAAGUGGUAAAGAGGGCGUGCUAGUGGGCGAAGCCAACAGACCUUCGUACCUCUCACUGGACGUCUGCCAUUCCAAACUCAACCUGAGCUUCUCCUUGACCAAUAAGAUGUUUUGUAUGGAGGAGCGAGAGCCUGAAGGUAUCGGACGGAGACGAUCGCAGCACAAAAAGAAAGAGUGUGAUCUUAUAUCUGGGUCUCCUGUGGCUACAGUGGAAGGAAAUACAGCUUUCCUAACCGGACUGUUCUUGUCCCAAACUGACUGCAGUCAGGGACUUGUGUUCACCAAAAUUUCCAGAUAUCUGCUGUGGAUCCGCAAACUUUUACUGAGCACCGAGGGCCAAACAUGACACAUCCGAGCGGAAGCUAACUCUCGAAGAUGCAACUGUUUAAACAAGAUUACAGCAAUUAUCCUGCUUUCAGAAUGAACCUGUGCUUUCAUUCAGUGUUCAAGUGCAUCCCUCUGAUCCUGCGUAGUCUCAAAUACAUGAAAAUCAUGAAAAUUUGUACAAAAACUGUUUAUUUUACACAGAGAAUAAAAACUAGUGAAAAUAAUACAAAAUGAAAA